CUAAAAUAUCUAAUGUGAUUUUAAAUAACUCCGUAAACAAUUAAUAUAAUCGCACAAAUGUAAGUUUAUUGAGUAAUCUCUUUGUACACCAAAGAAACAGUAUUUUUUCUAUUACAUGUGAUCGGUAUUUUUGUUGAUGAUAUAUUUGAUUUAUCUGCAUUCAUCAAUUUAUUUCAUUUUUCAUUCAAUAUUAAAUACAGUUUUAUAUCAUGGAUUUGAAUGAAAAAAUUAAAUGGGAAUUUAUUAAAAAUAAUGUAAAGGAUAGAAUGAUAGAAUCAUCAUUAAUUCAUAGAUUUAGUAAAUCUAAAAAGUAUAAAGAAAGUACCAAGUUAUUAAAUAAGUGGGUGCAAAAUCAUAAAAAAAUUAGUUAUACUAAGUAUAUGAAAGUGAAACGAUCAAUUAAAAAAAGGAUAUCGAAAGAUGUAGUAAUUAAAGACUAUGAUAGCUACGGGGAAGAGGAUUAUGUGAUCGCACACACACAAAAUCAAUAUAAAAGUAAGAUAAAAAAUAAUCAAGCUAAGAUAUCUACAAAUAAAGAUAGUUUUAAUUCUAUUCCAAUAAUAACCAUACUCGAUGAAAAUGAAAUUUCAUUCAAUGAUUCAAACUUAUCAAAAAAAAGCGUAGAGAAUACAAGCUUAGAAUCAAGUACUUUACAGGAUCAGGAGGAAAUAAUAAUAAAUACCAAAUCAUUUUCAGAUAUAAAUAAUGCUGAUACAGUUCCUGUAGUUGGAAUAGAACAAUCAGUAAGUUCACCUGAACAAUACUUCACUCCAACUAAAAAAACACAAUUGAUAGAUAACGAAGAGAAAAGAUUUGUAAAUACUACUGAUACUAGUUCUCCAAUUAUAAAGAAAAUAAAAACAUCAAAAAAAGCAUCCCUCAGUCAUAAGCGUAAUAAUUCAUUUAUGAAUGGUGAAAGAACUGGUGAAGAAAUAUUAGAUCUAAUUUCUGACGAAGAAGAAAUAACAACGUGUCAUUCCGACACAUCGCAUAAUAAUAUUAACUCAUUUGCUGUAGAAACACAAAGAUCACCGGUUAUAAUUUCAUCUACUGAAAUUUCCAAUAACAAAUAUAAAGUAAUGAAUAAGAAAGAAUGUUGCCGUGACUUAUGGAAUAAAUAUAAUGAUGUUAGCGUUAAAGAAAAAAAAGAAGAUGAACUAGAAGAAAAUGUAAUAUUUGUCGAAAAUACAAGUAACAGCAGUAUUUUACCACUAUCUGAUAAACGUGUUAAUCAAAUUAAAAAUUUAAACUUAGCUAUAGAAAGUUCUUCAAGCGAGGAUGAAGUUCAAGAAUAUGACGAAAAUUCAAGUAACAAAAUUUUGCCUAAUAAUUCAAACUGUAUAACUAACAAAAAAAUUACAACAUACAAUAAAAAUAUAGUUUCGAUCGUAAAAAGUUCUUUAAUUAAGAAUGGAAUAAUAGAACUUAAAAAAAAUGUAAAUAAAAAAAGUUUACCUAACAAUUCAAACUGUAUAGCUGACAAAAAUUUCGAUUUAACUAUGGAAAGUACUUUGAGUGAGGAUGAACUGUUAAAAGGACAAAAUUUAAACGAAGAAAUUAAUAAUUCAAAUAGUGUAGCUUCCAAAAAUACAAUACAAAGUAAAUUAAAAUUAAAGAGAUCAUCAAACGUAGAUCAUAAAAACGAUCAAAGUAUUUCUAACAUACAGAGUAAAAAUAAUAGUAUAAAUCAUAAUGACAGUAUUGAUCAUCGCAAUAAUGAUUCCAAAAAUUGUGAACAAAUACAAAGAUUUGAUGGGAUACCCGGCAAUCUGCAAGACUUGAUCAAUAAAGAAAACUUAGUUCUUGACUCAACUAAAUCAACUUUUACACUUGAGGAUCUCUCUCAAGACAAUGAAAUAUUUCUUUUAAACAUUCCAAGUACAAUAAAACUAACAGAUUUAAAAGGCCAACAAUUGGUUUUAAAAAACGAAAAAUUAAAACUUGGGAAAAACCAAUAUAGAAUUUCGUAUAAAGAUGUACCAUCUCAAUCCUGUGUUUUCGCUACUCACAGAAAUAAUAAAUCAUAUAAAUUAGUUAACAUUAAACCUACCAGCUCGAUCUUAGUGAGAGAAAAAUUAUCUCCACCAUCGUUUUUAUAAAAAAAAAUACAAAGACUUUUAAUAUUACAUGUAUUAAAUAAUGUAUGAAUCUUAUUGCAUCAGUACCGUAUUUAUUAAAAUAUUGUAAUUACACACACACA